AUGCUCCACCUGCUCCUUGCGAGUGGCUUCCUCACCGGGGCCUUGCUAUGGGCGGCCCCCCGGGAGACGGACUUGGACGAGGACCAUCCACUGGGAACCACUGUGUUGACCCUCAACGAAAGAAUCGCAUUGCUUUUUUCAGAACCGAGCAUUGUUUUGUCUCUUUUGUCCAGCUGUCGGGAGCAGGUCCUCCAGCGCAUCGGUCAGUCUCUUCUCCGUUUGCUCCAUUUGGAUCGAGCCCCUCAGUUCCCGGCUGAGACGACGGUCCAGUUGCGGCAAAAUUGGGCAAAAGAAGUGGCCGAAAUCCCAGCACUAUCAGCAGCAGAGAACCUCAAUAUUUCGUCCAAUGAAACCUUGCUGAUCCGAAGAGGGAGCUGCGUCCAGAUCUCUCAUCACAUCACAUUGACUGAUCUUGGCUGGCAAAGCUGGGUCCUGCACCCUGCUUCCUUCCUCUUCACCGAAUGCCUGGGGUGCCCUUGCCGCCGAAAGGAAGACAUGCCGGAUCUGGACCGUUGGGUUCAAGAAUGCACUCCGGAGCCACCGAACCUUGCAACGGACAGAGACGUAAAGCAGAGACGUUGCUGCCGGCCUCGUUGGACCCCGUUCUCCUUCGUCUUCCUCACGGAGGAAGGCUCCUUGACGGUGCAGCGGAUGCGCCUGGCGCAGGACUGCCUUUGUCGACCCUGA